AACAAUAAACAAUACAAAGCAAAUAAGCAAUACCUCCAGCUCAACAAUGGCGGGAACAUACUCGAAUACCACAGCCCCAUAGCACCGGCCACUGGCCCAAAACCCUAGGCUGUCUGAAUGAGUGAAUUCAAUCGUUAAGCUCCACCGUAUGCUUAUUAUAGUUGCUAAUCUUCGCAUUUCAUUCUUUUCAAGAAACCCUAGGUCUGUAAUAUUUGCUCUUCAUACAAUGUCAUCGCCUUCGCCAACGACGAUCGUCGCGGAGUACGCGAAAUCGGGUAAAUCUUCAUGCAAGAAAUGCUCCGAAAAGAUUGAUUCGAAAUCCCUGAGAUUAGGGUUGAAGAGUCGAGACCCUCGAGGGUAUGAUAGCCUUAAAUGGCAUCACUUCAACUGCUUCUUUUCUUUGGAUUCCAUUCCGGCUUCUUCGGCCGAGACGUUCGAAGGGUUUUCUGAACUGAAGGGCAGUGAUCAAGAUAAGUUGAAGCAGAUGAUGAGUGAAGAGGAUCGAACUUCUACCAAGAGAGGAGAUGUUGAUGCUGAGUCAGACAAAAGAGAUUUAAAGAAACUAAAGACUGAUGAAGAUGAGGAAAGUGUGAAAGAAAAAAAGAAUGCAACAAAUGAAAAGAUUGUUGUAGAGUAUGCAAAGUCAGGAAAAUCUUCAUGCAAGAAAUGCACUGAAAAGAUCGAUUCAAAAUCUUUAAGAUUGGGAUUGAGUUUUUGGGACCCACGAGGAUAUGAAAACACCAAAUGGUAUCACUCAGACUGUUUCUUUCCUCUUGAUGUAAACUUGUUGUCAGCAGAAUCAAUCGAAGGGUUUUCAGAACUCAAGAGUGAUGAUCAAGAAAAAUUAAAGAUACUUGUGACAGAAAGGGAUCAAUCUUCUAAGAAGUUAAAUGAAGAUGCUGAACCUGAGCUGCAGCGAAAGGAUCAAAAGAGUGGAAAGUCUGAUAAAGAUGAGGAAAGAGUUCAAGAAAAAAAGAAUGCAACAAAUGAAAAGAUUGUUGCAGAGUAUGCAAAGUCAGGAAGAUCUUCAUGCAAAAAAUGCUCUGAAAAAAUCGAUUCAAAAUCUUUAAGAUUGGGAUUGAGUAUUUGGGACCCACGAGGCUAUGAAAACACCAAAUGGUAUCACUCAGACUGUUUCUUUCCUCUUGAUGUAAACUUGUUGUCAGCAGAAUCAAUCGAAGGGUUUUCACAACUCAAGAGCGAUGAUCAAGAAAAACUGAAGAAACUUGUGACAGAAAAGGAUCAAUCUUCUAAGAAGACAUCUGAUAAACUUGAUGAAGACAUUGGAUUGAAGAUAGACUUUUCACCUAAUGAUGUCAAGGACAAUUACAAGGGUGCAACAUUACAACCAAAGUGGAAGGUGUUCCAGACCCUCAUGUAUCUAGAACGGGAAGAUGGCCUCCAAGAUUCAAGUAAAAUUGCUGCCUUUGAUUUUGAUGGAUGUCUUGCAAAAACAUCAGUUCAAAGAGUAGGUGCAAGUGCUUGGUCUCUUAUGUACGCUUCAAUCCCAAACAAGUUACAAAGCUUGUACAAUGAUGGUUUCAAACUGGUUAUUUUCACAAAUGAAUCAAAUAUCGAACGUUGGAAGAACAAGCGACAGGUGGCAGUUGACUCCAAGAUCGGAAGACUCAACAGCUUCAUCAAACUCGCAAAUGUCCCGAUUCAGGUUUUCAUUGCUUGUGGUGUAAGUAAAGGCCAAGAACAUGACCCCUUUCGCAAGCCAAAAACUGGAAUGUGGCAAAUUAUGGAACAACAUUUUAAUUCUGGAAUUCCAAUUGAUAUGGAUAAGUCGUUUUAUGUUGGUGAUGCUGCUGGAAGGAAAGAUGAUCAUAGUGAUGCUGACAAGAAAUUUGCAGAGGCUAUUGGGUUGAAGUUUUACCUUCCAGAAGAAUACUUUGAUCAAUGA